AUGCGACAGAUUGUUUCGCUCUUUUCCGCGCGGAAAGAGACGAAUCAGAGGACCAAGAAGAAGCGAGAGAGAGAGAAUACCACUGCAGUAAUACGCAUGUCCGAAGUGUACUCUCUGGAACCUCCAACUUCCGGCAAAGUCAUCCUCCACACCACGCACGGGGAAAUCGACAUCGAACUGUUUUCCAAGGAAUGUCCGCUCGCCUGUCGCGCGUUCGUUCAACUCUGCGCGAGCAAGUAUUACGAACAAAACGUCUUCCACCGCAUCGUGAAAGGAUUUAUGGUACAAACCGGAGAUAAAACCGGAACCGGGAAAGGAAACGGGUGGAAAGAAGGCGAGAAGUUUAAGGAUGAGUUUCACAGCAGGAUUUCCUUCAACGCGCGAGGCCAAGUGGCGAUGGCGAACGAAGGGAAACGAAACUCGAACGGGUCGCAAUUUUUCAUCACCGUAGACAAGUGCAGACAUCUGGAUAGGAAACACACGAUUUUCGGGAAAGUCGCAAAUCAGACGUUUUAUAACGUCCAACGAAUCGCAGAGUGCGAGUGCGAAGGAGAGACGCCGGUUGGGGAGCCGUUGCCGAGGAUUGUACGGACGGAGGUGGUGUGGAAUCCGUUCGCGGAUAUCGUCGUCGCAGUUCCCGAGGAGAAGUCGGAGGAGAAGAAGGAACAGCCGAAAGCGAAGAAGAAGAAGCAGAAAGCAAACGUGGGGUUGUUAUCGUUUGGUGACGACGAGGAAGUGGUGGAAGACGAGGACGAGAGGAAAGAGAAGAAAGCGAAGAAGCAGAAGAUUGCGUCGGCGCACGACGUCGUCGAGGAAGGGUCGAAUAAGAAAUUCGCCAAAGUGGACGACGAGGAGUACGGAAAUGUUUUGAAAAAGACGGAAGAGGAAACGAGAGAAAACGAAAAGAAAGCGAAAGAUUUAGAGGAAAAAAUGAAAGCGAAAAUGCGCGAGAAAAGAGAGAAAGUAUCAGGAAACGGCGGCGAGAAAUCGUCUUUGGCGAUGUUGUCGGAGAUGAACGUGCACAUUUCCGAGGAGGAGCGCAAACGCAUCGAGAAGGCGAAGAAAGCGAGAGAGAAGCAAGCGAAAGCGGAAAGGAAACUGGAGCGAGAGAGACACAAGAAGAAUAAACUGAAGAAACUAGGACUAGGGAAGGCGCUUGUCACCGAAGACGAUAAAGCGCUCAUGUCCAACCACGAAGUCAAACGCGCCGAGGCGAAACUGCGGAAUCGAAGAGUCGUGGAUCGCGAGAAAGAUACGCUGGCUAAAUUACAAAAGUUCAACGAAAAGUUACACGAAGGAGGAGAAAACAAAAACGCAGAAAGCAAUAAGAAAGCACGCGAUGGUUUCGUCGGCGUCUCCAAAUUCGUCCCGGAAGGUUUGUACUACAUGGAAGACGUCGACGAAGACGGCAACGAAAUACGCAAAGACGACGAUUCAGACGACGACGAUAAAGAUUGGCGAGCGCACUCGUUACAAUUCGACAAAGAUGGCGGUCAAAGCACCGCAGCCUCGCAUUACUUAGCCUCCGCGGACGAUUACGAAGUUUUAGAUCCGAGGAAACCGUUAACGGGCGAAAUCGGCACGCGUCAGGCCAAAAAUGUUAACAGACGCUCGCACUAG